UGAGUCAGUGUAGGCGAUAAGAGGUGAACACAGAUCAUGAUCCAUCUACCCUUCCGACGGGUACGACUGCAGGGUGCGUGAGUAGAAGCGCCAUUAGGUGAUAAGAAGUGGCGCGUGAGUGCGCGCCUGUGUGUGUGCGUGUGUGUUACUCGUGGUGAAUUUCCCUAAUCGCUUAAGGAUAACACUAUCGGAACGUGUACUUGUUCGUGUGCAUGUGUGCGUGUGUGUGUGUGUGUGCGCGCGAUACGGAAAAACGGAAAACAUAGAUAAAAGAUGCAAAAGCUUUACCCGGAAAGCUCGAUCAACACGAGCAGCAGCAUGGCGGUCGGUGGUGGUACCGGCGGUGGUGGUGGCAACAUGAGCCCGAUGGCCACCACGUACAGCAGCAUGAACAGUAUGGGUAUGGCGGUGGGCGGCAUGACGUCGGUGUCCCCGCAGGGCGGUGGGUUCGGGGCGACGGUGCUCGGCAGCCCGGGGAUGGGCGGGAUGGGUGCGGCCAUGAACAGCAUGACGGGCAACUGUCUCACCUCGACACCGAUCGGCUACAGCUCGAUGGGGUCGCCGAUCAGCAAUAUGGGGUCGUGCAUGGGGGGCAACGGUAUGAGCACGAUGGCGGCCAUGUCCGGGUACUCGAGCGUGGCCGGAAGCCGCGAGGUGCUGGGCGAUCCCAGCUCGCCCAACUCGGUGGCGCUGCAGCGGGCGCGGACGGAGAAACCGGCCGCCACCUACCGGCGGAACUACACGCACGCGAAACCACCGUACUCGUACAUCUCCCUCAUCACGAUGGCCAUCCAGAACAACCCGCACAAGAUGCUGACGCUCGCCGAAAUCUACCAGUUCAUCAUGGAUCUGUUCCCGUUCUACCGGCAGAACCAGCAGCGGUGGCAGAACUCGAUCCGGCACUCGCUCAGCUUCAACGACUGCUUCGUGAAGGUGCCGCGCACGCCGGACAAGCCGGGCAAGGGUUCGUUCUGGACGCUGCAUCCCGACUCGGGCAACAUGUUUGAGAACGGGUGCUAUCUCCGGCGCCAGAAGCGCUUCAAGGAUGAGAAGAAGGAGGUGCUGCGGUCGCUCCACAAGAGUCCGGCCCACGGCGGCAGCUUGGAUGCGGUCGGCAGCCCGGACAAGAAGGACCCGAACGAGGAGCACCAUCACCAUCACCAUCACCACAGCCACAGCCAUCACAGCCACCGGACGGAGCAUGUGUCGAAGCUCAGUGCGGCCGACACGCACGGCAUGCUGAACAGCGCGCACGGUAAAGACGCGGACGCGCUGGCCAUGCUGCACGCGACGGCCGACUUAUGCCUAGCCCAACAAUCUCAUUCACAGCAUGGUGGUUCGCACCACCCUACGCACCACCACCACCACCACCCGGCGCACCAGCAGCUGCAGCAGGAGGAAUUGACGGCUAUGGUCAAUCGCUGCCACCCUUCGCUGCUUGGUGAAUACCAUUCGAUGCACCUGAAGCAGGAACCGGCCGGCUACACGCCCUCUAGUCACCCGUUCUCGAUCACGCGGCUGCUACCGACCGAGUCGAAGGCCGACAUCAAGAUGUACGAGAUGAGCCAGUACGCGGGCUACAACGGGCUGAGCCCGCUGCCGAACUCGCAUGCGGCGGCGGCCGCCCUCGGGCAGGACUCGUACUAUCACCAGAGCCUCGGUUACCACCAUGCGUCCACGGGCACGACCAGCUUGUGACAUCAGUAUCCGCUGGCAUAAGUGCGGUUGAAGGGCUACUACCACUUUGCAGACGCACCGACCGUGUCCCAGCACCAGCAGCAGCAUCAACAGCAGCACCAGCAGCACCAGCAGCAGCAGUAUCAGCAACACCACCAACCAUCCGAGCACGACCAGCAAUGGUUGGGCCUUGCGCAACUCAGCAGUCACGGCGGAAGCUAUCUGCCGACCAAUCGUUACGCGUACCAUCGCCACCAUCAUCAACCGCAGCCUCCACAGCCCGAUCUGUCCACCGCGUCCGCCGAGAGUCCCGAGCUGGAUGGGGACGAGUACGAGGACGGGCGCAGCAGAGUGUUUGCCGCAGCGUGCAACAGCAGUGCAUCGUCAGCGAGCAGCACCUCCGACACGUCACCGCACAAUAUUUCGUUUUAGGACUCUGAGGAGGGACAGGAGUAGUGGUACGGCUGGCUGGCACAAAGGCAAGAGAUCGGUGACAACCUGAUUGAGGAGACACACUCGAACACGAUGGGGACCGAUCGAACCCCAACACGGUUCCGUCCGAACGGAAGCCUAAACGGUUGGUCGACUUUUGGAGUGCUUUUUUUGGUUGUUGUUUUGGGUUUCAAGUUGAAGCUGAGCAGUCCACAGACGACCUUCACUGGGCCCAUAUUUUCGGUUCUGUUUUCGUCACUUCACUCUCCUGGAGAUGAUCAACUAGACACAGCAACUCUUAUGAGCCAUGAUCAGCGAUCUCUCAAUGGAGCGGCAGUGUUGCCAAGAUUUCUGAAUGAACUUCAAUUCCUUCCGAGGAUCCACCCCGGUAUGGGUUAUUUAUCUUAGCCGUUUUUUGUUUGUCUCUUGUCUCCCCGGGGGUUGGGUUUCCUGCACGUUGGGUGGUUCUAUUUUGGCGAGACAUUUUGUUUGUCCAAAUGCUUCUGCUCGCCAUACGCGUGAUUAGCGUACCGUUGUCCGGUUCGAUCCGCAUGCAUCAAGAAGCCAAUAACUCUGACUCUGAGGGUGGUUGGUGGUGAUGCGUGGACAAGCACAAAACGCAACCGUUUUCUGUCCUCAGAAAUCGAUUUUCGAGUGCUGUCCAGGCCCAGCUAACCAAACUCACUUUGGUCGCCUUAGCCAAAGUGCCUGUGCUUGAGCGGGAAUUUCGUUCACCCACGGGUUUUUAGACGUUCCGGUAUAUGUCCGGAGUCGUCUAUUUAUGUGUGUGUCUCCAUAAUGGUAAUUGUCGUUAACCUCAACCCUGCCCCGGGGUAAAGGUACCCGGUGCGUCCACGGAGGAGUUUUAUUUAUUUCGUUACGUUUUUUUUCUUCUGUCUGCCCAUCGCCCUAUGCUUUUACGGUUUUGAGGGGGAGUUUUACGCGGUAGCGGCACUCGAGAUGUGAAGCCUCGAGUAGUGGUCACUUUACACGGGUUGCCAUUCGAAUGGUUGCGGCUUUGCGGAACGGAUGACCUCAAUCUUUAGGAUCGAUGGUAACGCAGCGGCAGAUCGGUGGUUAGUUUUCGGUAACGACCCUGGAUAAGAUGUCGUCUAUCAGUUGAGGGUGAUCAGUUGGGGAACUUUUCUUCCUAGCAAGCUGAAAGACGUGCAACGGUGUGGAAUUGAGUUAGAUAAGGUUCGAACACGCGUCUAUCCUAUGUUCGGAUUCUUAAACUAACCAGUUUUACAUCAUUUGAAGUAUGAGCUGGAAGAGUGACAUGGCGGUGGGGUCCAUGUGAGAGUGGUUUCGUCUAUCUUUUUUCCCCUAGAAUACACACACACUCUUGAAAACUCGCACACUCGGUUGGGGAUCUUCUUUUUUGUGCGGCUGCCCUUGAGAGUGACAGCUUGUGUCAAUAGUUGACGGUACCGUCCGAAACGAAGUUCAAUUUCAACUUCCACAGAUUGACGCUGAUGGGCUUUUGAUUUACUUUUGCCGAUGUCUAGUGUCCCCCAUCCCAUUGGGGAACGUUGCGGUUACGUGGAGCGGCCUUGGAGGGGUGCGCAAAAGUUUGGGGCAGAUUUUAAUGGAUUCAAUUCCGAAAUUGAAAAUUAAUCAUAGAUGAAGCGCUCGUGUUUGCAAAUGGGUCUAGUGCUGACUGAUAGCGGGAGUGCUAUGAAAAGGUCGUGUACAUUUUUGAUGAGUUUUGCGCCGGACCCAUUCGAGAACUCUUGGACACGAGACGUUCCACCUGAAGAACUUCAGGGAACGCAAGGGAACGAGAACUCCUUGUGGGUUCUGGUGUGGGGUAAAUAUUCAGCCAAAACUUGCUAUAAAACUGCAGUCACCAUCACCGUCAACGUCACUACCACCAGCAGCGUUACAGACGGUGCAGGUGUGAAUUCCUAAUGUGUUCAUCCACCCGAUGUGCUCAGCGGACGUCUUCUGUGUUUUUUUUUUCUUUCUUCUUCUGUGGACUAAAAUCGAAUCUUGCUGGUUAGCUGCUGUAUGCUAACGAGAAACCCUCCAAAACUGGUACCGAUGUGCUGCGAGACGAACUUUCUGGCGUUGAAUUUCGCUUGAGCAACGGUCUUCGGACAACCUUAGCGAUCCGCGGCCCAGUGAAAAUGAUUGUUGUGCAGUGUGUGUCUUGUCGCUUGCCUUUCGCUUACCAGCCAUGGUGCCAACGUGUAGCUCGGACGUGUUCGAAAUCAGCUACUUCUGUCCGUUAAAAAGACGUAAAAUUUAUCAUCAAAGGGUGGCGAUGGUGGAAGCCACGUUACGCGGUAAAGGUUUCAUUCGAUAGGGCAGUGCUAGAAGCGACCGUCGCCAAAUGGACCAGCGUGUUGUUAGACAAAAAAAAACACUAUUGAACAUUGAACUCGAAAUUGAAACAAAGCAAACAAAUCCUCUAAAUUCACCUAGUGCAAAGUGUGCCCCGUGGCCACAAAAAAGGUGACACACGAUACGAAUAGUUUAAUCAAGACGAAUGCGUGACAGAAACAAAUCGUUAUCUUUAAGAACAACACAAGAAAACAAACAAGGAGAAAAUGAGACAAAAACAACCCAAUGUAAUGUGCAAUUAAUCUCUUCGCUAUGCAAAACAACAACAAGAAAAAAAACACAGCCGAAAAAAAACUUUAUCGCAAAUCGAAUGCUGAGUUUUAGAUAAACUUUAUCCUACAUUUUAAGUUUUGUAUCAAUCGUGCAACAGUGGUAGAUAUUUUUUUAUACUUUAUUUUUAUUUAGCUUAUUUACCCUCCACUCCCGUUCACCUUAUGUGCUCUGACAGGAGUUUAUUUACCAGCAAGACUAUCUUGCCUAUCUCAGCUUUUCUUUCCUUUCAUAACAAACAAAAAAAACUCUAUCAAGCAAAAGCGUUCCCUUCCGAACUUCCCCUCCCAAUUUGUACCUAAUGCCCAAAUAGUAACGCAAUAGUGCGACCUAGCAGAAAUGGAAACAUAUUCCGCUAAACAAAACUAAACCCUCACUACCUAGUUGUGAACAAUAUUUGCCCGAAACGGCUCCGAAAAAGGGUGGCUGAAGCAAAGCAACAAAAAAAAAAACCAUAAAACAGGAAACAAAAAACGACAACUUUGUACGUUUUAAGCAAUUUAAUGAAUCUUUGUACAUAUUUAUGAUAUUUUCUCAUGUCGAGCUAAGGUGAUACCGUCAAGUCGUUUAAGGCAAGCUAAAUCAAACGUACACGAUCGUGUAGAAAUUAUUAACAUUCCAACAUCCGUACCGUGCGUGGUGGUUAGAACAGGUGGAGAAGCAAACAUGCAACAAGCUAAUGCAACGUAAAGUUCGCUAAAUAAUUGAUAAAAAAGUGCGUGUGUGUGUGUGUUGCAUUAUUGCAUCCAACAGCCAACUGGCAACAGCAAACAUUUCUUGGUGCGAUACGAUUAGUUAUUAGGAGGCGAAUGAGUGGUGGAGAUAAUGCGCACAUGAACCAACGCCAGCAAAAUCCACGAUUCUGUUUGUUUGUUUUAUUUCUAAACGGCCCGGUAUUUGUUAAUAGCUUUUAGUUGUAGUUGAAGCAAACCUUUUAAACGAUCGUUCAGUAUGUUUCCAAACCUCCAAACCGGUCGGGAAUGGGUUGGUGAUCAUACUUAGUAAAAACGGAAAACAAAAUGCCAGAUGGAAUAAGGGAAGCAAAUGUAGAACGAAUUUUCACACGAGAGAGAAAGAGAGAGAAAUUGAAAUAAAAUAAAAAAGCCUCCCAAACUAUUGGGUUGAAUGAUAAUGGAAGAAGCUUCUAAACAUUGAAUGUAUGAAUCCAUUUUCCUCCCAUCACGAUCAGGAAGCGUAUAGUAGCUAUUGUGGCUGGGCCCCGGUAUGUUCCAUCCAUUGCUUGAGGAGAACACUCUUACAGGAUUAGCAAACACUAGGAGGGAGUAAAAAUUGUAAAAAAUAAAUUUAAAAAAAAACCCAUGCAUACAUGUUAAGGUACAAGCAGCUGGUUGGCUUUUCUGUGCAGGACUCGUCGAAAUUGCGCCGGGCCUGGCAGUAGGAAACAAUGAUACGCAACACAAUGACCAUGCGUACGUAUGCGCGGCCAACGCAAGCCAACACAAUUCGAAGUAAACUGUGAAACUUAGUGGCAUUUUUAUUUCAUUUAAAAAGAGUCGAUAAAGCGGAAGGAAGAGAAAAAUUAAAAAAAAAAACAAUAAUAAUUACAAUAAAAAGUGAUUUAAAAAUAAUAACCUCGAUAUGGUGGCGCGUUUGUGUAUUUUACAGUUGGUUUGAAUCAUGCUUUUCACUGGUGAUAUGGUUUGUAGAAUUUAUGAAUUUAUAUUAAUUGAAGAAUUUGUUUAUAAACACUAAAAAUAAAUCAUCA